UGGGAGUGUUAAAUCAUUGCUGUUGUGAAGUCUGCUUCUCUAGAGAAAUUUUGCAGGGUUUGCUUAGUUGCUAUGGAUUCCGUAAGGCUCUUGAUGCUGGUCACGAUUGGUGUCCUUCCUCUUAACGUCUUUGUAGGGGGAAACUGAUUAAUUUUUUAGUGCUAGUGUGAUAGCAUCUGGGGAGAAGCACAUUCAUGUGUCAUACUGUAGCUCCUCCUGCCCAAUUGUGUUCAUUUUGUAGUUUACUAGUGUUCUGCUACAGGGAGAAAACAGAAGUGAUAAGCGUGCUCUCAGUUGCUGCGGUGGAAUUAACAUUCCCUCAAGUGUCUCUUUCUGGACCCUUUACUGAGAUGAACUGAAGCUGGAAAACGAAUUGGAUUGGCAUUGCUUUGCAAAUAUUUGAGAACAUCAACUGUCAAGUGAUGAAGGCGGUGUGGAAUACAGGUGUUGCACUUUUAAUUACUUUGUACACGGUGGUCAGUUUGCAUCAGUGGACUACAGCCCUCGACAUUCCACUGGAAGUUUUAAGUCAAGUGAACAUUGAGCAACUUCCCACCAUCACAGAGCAGUCCCCAACUUCCCAAAUAGCAUUCCCAUUUGAUGAGAGCAUUUCUAUUAAGUGUGAAGCAAAAGGCAAUCCAGAACCAGAAUUUCAAUGGACAAAGGAUGGACUGGAUUUCUUUCCUGAUCAAGACAACAGGCUGAUAACACAGGAGAAUUCAGGAACAUUUGUCAUUGUCAAUAAUGGAAACAUUACAGAAUUCCAGGGCAAAUAUCGCUGUUAUGCAUCAAACAAAUUGGGAACAGCUGUUUCGGAAGAGAUUGAAUUCAUUGUACCCAGUAUUCCAAAAUUUCCUAAAGAAAAAAUUGACCCAUUUAUUGUUGAGGAGGGGCAGUCAGUCAUUUUGAAGUGCAAUCCACCUAAAGGCAUUCCUCCUUUGCAAAUAUACUGGAUGACAAUUGGUUUGCAGCAUAUCCAGCAGGAUGAGAGGGUAUCUAUGGGGCUAAAUGGAGACCUCUUCUUCUCCAAUGCGCUGGAGAAGGACAGUAGAAGUGACUACUGUUGUGUUGCUUCUUUUCCAAGAAUUCGAACCAUUUUACAAAAAACAGCAAUGUCUUUAAUUGUCAACAGAAUUAGAUCUGUCAAUGGUACAGAGUCACGUGAUAUCACUGAUGCUAGUGCAAACGCAAUCUCAGAAAGAAAGCCAAGGCUUCUAUCCCCCUCUGGUGGUCACUCUGAGAUCCAGCUUGUGAAAGGAGAUUUACUUCAGUUGGAGUGUAUCGCAGAAGGACUUCCAACUCCUUCGUAUGAGUGGGUUAGAGUUGGAGCCGACAUGCCUGAGCAAGCAAGAAAGGAAAACCAUGGCAAACUUAUAAGAAUACCUAAUGUGCAGGAAGAGGAUGAUGGUAAAUACAUGUGCAAAGCUAAGAAUUCACUUGGAGAAGUACACCACUACUUCCACGUUACAGUUGAAGAACCACCUCAAUGGGAUUUUAAACCAGAAAGCCAGAUAAAAGUCAUUGGGUCUGAAGCCCAUAUAAGAUGUUCUGCAACAGGUAAACCACAGCCAAGUAUAAAGUGGACAGUAAAUGGGUUACCUUUACAUGAUGUACCUGCAUCCAACAGAAGAGUUUUAGGUGACACAGUCAUACUUCAUAAUGUAAAGCCAAAUGACAGUGCAGUAUAUCAAUGUCAAGCAUCAAACAAACAUGGGACCAUCCUUGCCAAUGCUAAUAUCAUGGUAAUGAACCUUCCUCCGAUGAUACUAACUGAGGAUUUUCAGGAAUAUGCGGCUGUGGUAGGGAAGAGUGUCACCAUGCACUGCAAAGUAUUCAGCUCCCCCACUUCGGCGAUAUCUUGGUCAAAGGAUGAAUCAGUUGAUUCUCUUCAAGAUGACAAAAGAUUUUCUAUUCAUAAAAAUGGCUCGUUGGAGAUUCAUAGUGUUGUAAAAAAAGAUAGUGGCCAAUACAUAUGUCUUGCUACCAACAACGAGGGAAAAUCAGCAAUUACUACAUUAUUAGAUGUAAAAGAUGCAACAAAAAUAGUGGAUGCUCCACAGCAUUUAAAGGUGCUAAGAGGAACCACUGCUCAACUGACUUGCCAGGCAGAAUAUGACAGCUCUUUCAAAAGUAACUUUCGAACCCUCUGGAAAAAAGAUCAAGAGGAAAUAUUUUUUAACAAUACAGAAAGCACUCGAUAUUAUGAGGAUAGUGGGGUGUUGCAAAUAAUCAAUGUAAACCAUGAAGACGAAGCUGUAUAUACUUGUAUAGCAAUCACCCCUUUAGACCAAGAUGAGGCAACUGCACAACUCAUUGUACUUGAUGUUCCUGAUCCUCCUGUGGAGCUGGCACUUAGUGAUCACAAAAACAGAAGUGUAAAACUAAAGUGGGAUCCUGGGGAUAGCCAUAACAGUCCAAUAACAGAGUUUAUUGUUGAAUAUGAAGAAACCCGAUGGGAGCCUGGGAAGUGGAAGGAAUUGGUAAGAGUUCCUGGGAAUCAUGCUUCAGCGCUUUUAAAACUGCAUGGCCAUCUAGACUACCAGUUCCGUGUGUUAGCGGUUAAUGAAGUUGGAAGAGGCCAACCAAGUGAACCAACAGAGAGAUACAAAACUCCUCCAGCAGCUCCUGAUAAGAACCCAGAAAAUAUCAAAAUUGAAGGCCAUUUGCCUAAUGAAUUAGAUAUUAAUUGGGAGCCUCUGAAACCCAUUGAACAAAAUGGCCCUGGGCUUGAGUAUAAAGUGAGCUACAGGCAACAGGGGAGUGAGGAAGACUGGACAGAUCGCUUCAUUAAAAGGCAUUCCUUUGUUGUCAAAAACACCCCAACAUUUGUAGCAUAUGAAAUAAAAAUUCAAGCAAAGAAUCAUUACGGCUGGGGUCCAGCACCCCAAGUGGUAACUGGUUAUUCUGGAGAAGACUUUCCGUCAGCUGCCCCUGACAAUGUGGAAGUAAAAGUUCUUAACAGUACUUUAGCCAAAGUCAGCUGGUCAAAAGUUCCAAAGGACAAGAUUAAUGGACACCUUGGAGGGUAUAAGGUUAGCUGGUGGAGGAUGAGGGGCUUGUUAGAAUCUAAGAAAAGCCACGGGGAGAAACACAUGUUAACAUUUCCUGGGGAGAGACACCAUGGAAUGGUCCCAGGCCUGAAGCCUUUCUCUGAGUACAUUCUAAUUGUCACGGCCUUCAAUGGACGGGGCAGUGGUCCAGGCAGCCUCCCUGCCACAUUCACAACUCCAGAGGGAGUUCCUGAAAAAAUCCAAAUAUUUCGUGGAAGCCCUCAGACGAAUUCAAUAACUCUUGUAUGGGCCCCACCAUUGGAACCAAAUGGAAUCCUCACAGGAUAUCUUUUGCAGUAUCAGAUAAUCAAUGACACAGAUGAUCUUGGCAACCUGUACAUAGUCAACAUCACCAGUCCGACCACAUCAAAGUGGGUGGUCCAGGACCUGCAGACCCACAGCAAGUACAAGUUCUACCUGAGUGCCUGUACCAGAGCAGGGUGUGGCAAAGCAGUCACUGAGGAAACAGUAACCUUCAUGGAAACACAUGUUACUUCACCUACGGAGGUGGCAGCUGAUGUGAUCUUCAGGCAGCCCACCACUCUUUCUAGUCCAAGCACUGCUCUUUCCCCUGUUGCCAAUGUCACCCUUUCUUCCAUAGUUCCUGCCUUAUUCAAUAUUAGCUCUUCUGUUAAUGAUACCUAUGCCAAAAUCAGCUGGAUUUCUGGAAACGAACAGAAGGACUCAGAGUUUUAUGUUGCAUAUAUUAAUAAUCGUAAAGGUAACUGGAAGAUUUCAGAAGCAGUUAAUGCUUCAAAAAAUUUCCACAUCAUUGAGGGGCUUGAGCCUGGAUCUGAAUACACAGUCCGCCUUUUGACUAAGAACUGGGUUGAUAAUGCUAGUAUUUUUGAAGAUGUUAUCGAGACCAGAGGGAAAGGUUUUGCAGGCAUUUAUGAAGGGAUUUCUACACAAGGAUGGUUCAUUGGGCUGAUGUGCGCGGUAGCCCUUCUAACUCUAAUAAUGUUAAUCGCAUGUUUUGUGAAAAGAAAUAAAGGAGGAAAAUAUUCAGUCAAAGAAAAAGAAGACUUACAUCCAGACAUCGAAUCCCAGGUUAUGAAUGAUGAUACUUUCUGUGAAUACAGUGACAAUGAUGAAAAACCACUGAAGGGAAGCCUUCAGUCACUCAAUGGGAACAUUAAAGCUGCUGACAGUGGAGACAGCCUGGUUGACUAUGGAGAAGAUGAGCCUGGCCAGUUCAAUGAAGAUGGGUCUUUUAUUGGUGAAUAUGCUGGGCGCAAAGACAGGGGAUCAAUGGAAGUAAAAGGAACUAAUCAAAUUCAAGCAUAAGCGAAAGGGACAAAUUUACAAUUAAGUGUAUAGAAAAAGGACAGCACUGUAAUGCAAUGUACUGAAGGGAAAAAUGGCUUACCUGUAUGUAAAGCACAACUUUAUUUGAAUGAAAAGUGGUGUAUAGUUAUCAGUUACACUGCCACCUUAACAUUGCUGUAUGGCAAAGUGCCUGCAUACUGUAAUGGUAUAGUGAUUGUUUUCCAUUUUUUACAUUUGUGGUUGGUUUUCUAUAUUUUUGGUAAAUUUAAGGUACUUGGUAGUGGCUUCUGCCAUUUCUGAAUAUGCAGCACCUGUUUCUAUUCUAUUCCAUUUUACAAAAAAAGAUCAUUAGCUCCCAUUGAUAUACCUGUAUGUACAAAAAAAAGUGUAAUCUUAUGUCAAGAAAUUGUAUCUCAAAAACAGGCAUUAUUUCAGCUUCAGAUAUCUCAUUUCCAACUCAUGGCAUGUUUUUGUGUGUACAGAUAUGAUGACAGUAUUGAUCUCUCACAGUAUAGUACAACAUGGAAUGAGACACUGUUAGAACGAAGGGUAAUAAAGACAGUAUAAUAAAUACACAGAUAAAAAAAUACUCUUGAAAGAUAUUCCUUUUAUGUUUGAAUAUUGCAUUAGCCCAAGGUGAAUUGUACCUUAAAAUUGCUUGAAAAUCUUGCCUCAGAUUUGAUUUUGUUUUAGCCAAUUUGAGAUAAAAAUAAACUACUUUAGAGAAAGCAAUGCAUGCCUAGUGUUAAAGACCAGAUAAUAUUUAUCUGAACCACUGUUAAUUUUUCUUUUAAUUUGUGUCUCUUGUUCUUUUUUAAUAGCAGUUUUACAAAAAAAUAUCAUAAUUAGCUAUAGUACAUAUUUAGAAAAUUAGAAAACAAAUACUGUACAAAUCACAGGAAAGCUCUCUUUCUUCAGUGGCUUUCCAUAGAAAAUUUUGUAUUCCUAAAUUGAGACCUCAGGUAAUGUAAAAAGUUGUGUUCAUCAAGAACAGAAGAAUUCCACAACGAUUUGACAUUUCCAUUUGUUUCCUGUGUGUUUAAGAAAAGUUUGUAUACAGUAUAUACCCUUUCUUCUAGACGCAUGACAAAGUGUUGGUCGGGUGUGUUUUGCUUUAAAAUACAAACCUUAAUUUUUAUCAUUUACAACUUUUACUAAAUCAAUUUAUUCAGGCAAACAGACAUGGUAUUUCCAAAUGUCACUAACAAACUACAGCUGGCAUAAAUAUUAAGAAUUUAUGUUGGGGAAUGACACUUGCACUUCAUAAAUAAGAAAAUCUGAAGUAUGCUAAUAGUAUGCAGUGGUCUUUCUGUUGGUUUUGGUAUGUUUUUAUGUUAAUCCUCUGUAGUACUGGUGUGCAGAAAUAUUGGAUCCAAUACAGAGAAAGCUUGUUUUCAUAAGGGUUGACAAAGGUUGCACUAAAUAAAAUAAUUUUGAAUAAAAAAUGGAAACUGUAUCAAGGAAGCUCUUUAGAUUUCUGUCAUGCAUAUGAAUUCAGCAUACUUUUUUAAGCCCAUACUAGCAUCAACAGAAUAGCAGAUAACAGCAUUGUAAAAUUUCAGGUCUGUGCACCCACUUGAAGACAUUGUGAUCUUUCAUGUGUUUUUUCAUAGAGUUGAAUAAAAUCCUGAUGCUGAAUUCAAUAAUACAAUAAUAUUUGUUUAUAUUGUCUGUAUUAUUUAUUUUCAGCUUUGUUUUAAGUCUUUCACUGAAGUUAGUAAACCAAAAUUGAGAACUGACAAUGACUAACUUGGAAACAACACUACUGAGUUAGAAAAAAAAAGCUUAGGGAUUUUUAAUACAUGGGUACAUUUUACAUUUUUGGAACAGUAUUUACACAGAAGGAAAAAAAUGUAGCACUUUUUUCUAUAUUUGCUUGUUACUUUGUCUUAGUGUAAUUUACUGGGACAAAUACAAUAUACUAUAUGUCUUCAUGAAUUAGAUCUAGCCUGUGUAUCAUAGCUCAUUUUGGAGAGCAAAAAAGAGCUGAGAGAAAAAGGUCACAGCAGCUGAAACUCAAGGUGAAAUUCACUCAGAACCGUCUACUUUGAGAUGUGCAGGAACAUUUGGAGACAAAGCACUUCUACACUAUUUCAUCUAAAUCUCAUAAACUGUUAUAAAUAAUGUAAAACUCAGGUCAAAGUAGGCAUUUGACUAAAAGGCCUGAUGAAGCCUUGCAUAGUAUAGGAUUGAAAUGAAUAGCUGCUUUAACCUUAGAAGAAAAAUGAGUUCCCCCAAGGCAUAAAUCACAAGAUGUCUCCAGUUAGAGGUUGUUUCACGCAUUAAAGUUUGAGAGUUAAAUGCACACUUCUUUUCUAGGGGAUGGCCCUGAAUGGGUAUCCUCUUUUCAAAUAUUUGUAGGACUCCACACUGAAGUAUGUUGCUCUUGUUCAAGCAAUGAUGUUAAAACCUGAGUAUGCACACAACAUUCUAAAUGUUGUGUGCAUACUCAGAUUUUCAAUUUGGGACAUCCCAAAGGCAAAUAUUACUAGGACCUCUUCAGUAUACAGGGACUGGAAGUCAAUAAUCUGUUUGGUUUACAUUUCUCAAGAUCCAUCCAUGCCUUAUUUAUUUACAAAAUAAAUUCAUCAAUGAUCAUUUGUUGGUUUUAAUCUAAAGGAACGUUUUCCUAAUGGAUUUACGUAGAACAAGAUGCUAAUUUUAAGUGGGAGUUUUUCAAAUUAUAUUUGCUACAGCAGAAAUGUAAAUGUAUUGAACUUUGAGAAUUCAAAAAAAUAAGUCUCAUAAUGCUCAUAAUUGAGACUGAACAUUAAUGUAUUCCCUUUGUGACAUUCUGUGCAUGAUGUGGCUUGAAAAUGAUAAUGUCUUUUUAAUUCAGUGUAUAUUCUGAACAUUAAAAUUGUCUUGAACAUAUUAUCACUGCUGAAUACUUAACAUACUGAUUACGUUUUUGAGCAAGUUAUGUUCAAUGUUGCACACAAAAUACUAAUUUCAUAUUAUUUUUUAGGGUUUUGGUAUGAUAGAACAAAUUUAUUUUGAGAAACUUCCUGUAUAAACUUUAUUUAAAAAGUGAUGCAGUUCCUUUUCUUUUAUGAAGUAUUUCACUGGCUUAUUAUAUGUGAAGCUGCCAUUUGGUAAUGUAAUUAUUUUGUGUAUGUAUUUUGCACACCAUUACUACACUGGAAAAAAAAACAUAUUUCUGUUUUUGAACCAAAGUAUGAUUUGUGUUAUAAAUUGUACUAUAUAUAUUUUUCAUUACCUUGAACUUGCAUCAAGUUUACUUUUGACCCAUCUUUUUAGAGUUUGUACACUGACAUUUGUAAAGUUACAUUGCUGACCAUGUCUUAAAACACCUAAAUGUUAUUAAAUAAACAUGGAUGUUACACAUUUUCAAAUGGUGUCUUUUACCAUGAAAUGUACUGUGCUGUUAUUUACAAAGAAAUUAAACUAUGUAUUUCAUUGAUAA